AUGGUGACGCUGCGCUAUUUACGCAGUAAAGAAGAAGCAGAGGCGCGACGUGCGCGCUUAGAAGAGGCGCGUCGUAUUGCCAAUCAAAUUGGCGUGCAGCGGGCCCGGACGUACGCCGCUCAGAAGCGUGAACAGGCCCGUUGCAUUAUGAAGGACCUGCGCACGCAAUGGCUGUUAGAGCGGCAACGUGAGUCUGAUCUUAUUGAUCGUAUGCUUUAUGAAGCACAUGCGCGGCAGGGUGAAGGCAUGAAAGGGGCUGCUAACUUGGAGGCACACCAGCACGAACAGGCAAUUAAUGAACUUAGUGCAUGGGGAGCUGAAUAUGCACUGGAGAGGGAAAGACACAAAUUAGCACUGGAAAAGGCAUCUGUUACCCGGGCCCUCCAACAGGAACCACAGCGACGCAUUAUAGAGCGCAAAAAAGCUGUGCGUGCAGCUGAAGAGGCUCGUGCAAAAGUUAUCGUUUCAAAGCGGGAGAAACGCUCCGUGCCUGGUUUCACUGGUGAUGAUGUUGCUCGCCCGUCACCUCUUGCGGGAGCAUACCCUCAAACCAUGCCAACACGUUUGCGUAAGGGGAAAACGCGUAUGGAACAGCCAACAAAUACUGUUGAGUGGCCAGCACGCGAGGAUAUUGUUGAAGACGCCGCUGCUGCUGCCGCUCACUACCUUGAGGAACGACAGCGCGCGAUUGAGUCGAAUCAUGAGUCGGUGGAACGAAAGCGGCGGGAGGCAGCGGAGCGAGCGGCGUCGUUGAAGCGAAAACAGGAGGAGGAGUCCAAACAUGCGGAGGAGGAAAUGCGGCGUCGAGAGAAAAACUUGUUAGCUUUAAAGCAGCAUGCUACUGAGGGGCCCAGGACAGAAGAGGUGUGUACUCGGAUGCAAGACACUCGGCGAUCGGUUGCACUUAAAUCAAAAGGGGAAGCGGAAUUUGAGGCAAUAUUCCUUCGUGAUACGCUAGGCACUGAGGCUAAGCCGAGACAACUUGAAGACUCAGUCUCCUUCAAUACAUUCGAGCGGUUGCUGCAGCUUUCAACGAUAUCCUCUCUCCUUCCCACGGAUGCGGAUAUUGUUGCGCAGUUGCCGACAACAUCUCUGUGCGUAUUUGCUGAUGAGGAUCCUGAGCAAAGUGGUGAACUUUCCUCCGGUUUUCAUGCAACAAAGAGAGAUAGCGGGGACCAUGUUUUAAGGGCAGCUGCAGCUACUGAUGAUGUGGAAGUUGAGUCGCAUGCCGUGACUCCAACAAGCGGAGGGGAACCACCGUUACUUCAUCCCUUAAAGGCGUCAGAAGAAGUUCCACCCCAUCCAACAUCCAUUUGUGAUCACAGCGCAUGUGAUGAUGACAACAGCAGCACUCACACGGGUUCCACCGAUAGCACAAACAAAAUAGAGGAGAGAAGUGAGCGGCGUGAGCAAUUUCUCACUAACCUCAAGUUACUGCAAGCGAGGUUGGAACGAGCGAUGGGUGAAGUGCCCCCAUCAAACAAUCCUCAAGGCCCUCCAUCUCAAACUAAUGUAACUGUUAGUUCCAUGAGUUCUAUCAGCACUCCACCACGACGCGAGGGAGGCGGCGGUGAUUUCCCCAGCGAGGACUACAAAAAUAUGUCUAGCGAAGGCACCAGUGAUGUGAGUUUCAAGAGUCGUGACGCCGGUUUCAGUUCCGCGUCUUCCGCCUACACACGAACUCACCCGACCAUGACUGCAGAGCAGCUGAAGGCAGCACUUUUAAGAAUGAAGUUGCGACUGCACUCAGAGUUAUAG